UUCAUUUAUAUUGAUUUCCUACCUGUAGCGUUUUCUUAAGCAUCUCUAUAAGUGAAGAGUCACUGGUUUACUGCUGGAACCCAAAAAUAAAAGGAAGCGGAGCACACAGGGCAAUACAACGAUUAGAGCUCUCCACACUAAAGUAUAAAACAUGGAAAGUCAAGACCCUGCUGUUGUUGAGGCAGUAAAGGCUUCAGGCGAGUCUACCCUGGAAAAGGCCACAACAAAAGCUAAAGAAACAUUUGACCAGUUAAUGAAUGUCCCACUUAACAUUGCGGUGACUGGAAAGACGGGAUCUGGGAAAUCCUCCUUUAUAAAUGCACUUAGAGGUCUAAAUGAUGAAGAUGAUGGAGCAGCACUUACUGGAGUCACAGAAACUACAAUGGAGCCCACCAUGUAUGAGCAUCCUGCAGUGCCAAAUGUGAAAAUCUGGGACCUGCCUGGAAUAGGAAGUCCAAACUUCAAAGCAAAUAAAUACCUCAAAGAUGUCAAGUUUCACACCUAUGAUUUCUUCAUUAUUUUAAACUCAGAGAGGUUCAUGGAGAAUGACGUCAUGUUGGCUAAAGAAAUUAAAAAACAGAAGAAGAACUUUUACUUUGUUCGUUCCAAGAUCGACAAUGACAUUUUAGCAGAGCAAAGAAAAAAGGGAUUUGAUGAGCAGAACGUUCUUUCCAAAAUAAGAAAGGACUGUCAGAAAAACUUGAAAGAACUGGGAGACCCCAAAGUUUUCUUGAUAUCAUCUUUUGAACUGGAGAACUAUGAUUUUGAAAUAUUUCAAAACUCUCUGGAAGAAGAGCUUCCUGAACACAAGAGAUCUGCUCUUCUACAAGCCUGGCCAGUGUGCUCUGCUGAAUCUCUGGAGAAGAAGAUCAAGAUGUUUAAAGGGAUAAUCUGGGCUGCAUCUCUCGCCUCUGCUGGUAUAGCCGUCAUCCCUGUGCCUGGACUAUCAGUAGCAUGUGAUGCAGGCAUUUUGAUGCUUUUCUUCACAAGAUGCUACUAUGCAUUUGGUCUGGAUGAAAGAUCACUGACAAGGCUUUCAGAAAAAGUGAACAAGCCUUUGCUGGAACAUGUGGCCAAAUCAAAGUUUGCAUCUGCCAUCCAAGAAAAAGCAGUGGCCAGAUUACAAGUCUCUGUUGCACUUGCAUCCCUUGUUACCAUUGAGUAUUUUGCAAGUCUCCUUCCAGGUGUAGGAAGUGUUGCUGCUGCAGGAAUAUCCUUCGGUACUACUUAUUACCUCUUGAGAGAAGGAUUAAAUGAACUGGCAGACAUUGCUCGAAAAAUCAGAAAAGAUGCUGAGCUGGACGACAUUUGAUUGGUUUUGUUGGUGGAUUUAAUUACUAUAGAGAGCAUGUAUGCAUUUUCUGAAAAAAAAAUAAUUCUGCUUCUGUAAUGGACUUAAUGGCCAUAGCAUGUUUGUUAGAUUGUGUGCUGAUUAUGAAGGAGAUUAAAGUAUCACCAUGUCUUCAUACAGUACAGUAUUCAAAGAAUAGAUGACACUGUACUUUUAUUUAAUCUCAUGCUGCGUGUUAAAUUAUAUUAUACAGGCAAGUAUAGUCAUUUUAAAUUGUUCACAAUUUGUGUUCAUUUUCAAUGAUGAAAUCUGGAAAAUGUUCUCAGUCUCACAUAAUGAUGUAUUGUAUCUCAUACAAUAAAAAUUAAAAUAAAAAUGUUUAUUAACCUUUUUGUGAUAAAUGUUUCUAUAUACACACCCACUUUUUGGUUCAGUCGGACUGAAUUCAUUACGAUUGAUGAAUCUGAUUGUAGUGUUUGCAUGAACACUAAAUAAACGUUAUCAUAUCA